AUGUCUGGUGAGAAUCAAGUAAUCUCGGUGGACCCCGAUUUGUACAGCGCAGGUGCUAGCUAUCCUGAUGACUGGCAAUCGGAAACUACCUCGAUCGGUUCCUCGAUUUACCGAGGUUUGAUGGAAAAUGGUCGACGAUAUCAAUCCCUGAGAAACAAAGAAUAUCUGAUUCCCUCGGAUGAUCAGAUGUUCGAUUCUUAUGAAGCUGGACACCUGGUCGCGCUCGUCUUGGACUCGGACAGAGAGAACCCUCUGUUCCGAGCACCUAUCACUAACCCAGAGCACAUCCUCGAUCUGGGCACGGGAAAGGGUACUUGGGCAAUCGAUGUCGCCGACAUGUUUCCAGAUGCAACCGUCCGCGGCGUGGAUCUGUUCCCACCCCCUGUGACCUGGAUGCCACCCAACUGCAUACUCGAGGUAGAUGACGCCCUCCAAGAAUGGACAUGGCAGAGCAAUUUCGAUCUUGUCCAUCUACGAAUCAUGAUCGGAUCGUUUGAUGCAGCUGAGUGGGAUCGAGUGUACAAGCGCAUCUACGACAACCUACGUCCCGGAGGCUGGAUAGAACAACUCGAAGCCUUCCCCCAAAUCGACUGCGACGACAACAGUAUCCCUGCAGACAGCACCCUCCGAACCUGGGGCCCUAACAUGUUAGCAUGCGGCACAGCCGCAGGUCGAGAAUGUGACAUCCUCGAUACGAUGGCAGCUUCAAUCCGCAAAGCCGGGUUCGUCGAAGUGCACGAGAAGGCCUAUAAAUGGCCUAUCGGUGGAUGGCCGCGGGAUCGCAGGUACAAGGAGGCCGGUACAGUCAACUACCAGCAUUGGAUGGAUGGGAUGGAAGGGUGGUGCAUGUGGCUGCUUACCAAGUUUGGACCUCCCCAGCCUUGGACUAAAGAGGAAGUUGUUGUUUAUGUUGCGAAGAUGCGAGCGGAACUUAGAAACCCGUAUUAUCAUGGGUACCAACGAGCGCGACGUGUGUGGGCGCGGAAGCCUUUUGAGGGCGAGGCUUUGCCGACUCCUGACUCGAUGCCUCAUUCGUCAAAGCCACCCGUGUCAGAUUCGCAACAGAGAAGAUAG